CUGAAAGCCACAUUGAGAGGGAAGUAAUAACGGAGCGGUGCUCAGACAGGAGAAACCAGCAGGCGGCUCCGGGCUCUCUAGCUCGCUCGCGCUCGCUGCCCGGUUGUCAAGGCACUUUGUGACUUCUCCUCGUUGCGGCUGGACGGUGACGGCUCAGAUUGGCUCCCUCUCGGAUUUUUGCCCGUUUGGAUUUCUAUAUUUUGGUGUCACUGACGGACUCUCAGCUGCAAAUUGCCAACACUGUACUGAAGCCUGCCUGCUCUGACACCGCGACUCCACACAGACCGACGGGCUGAUAGACACCGAGGAAGAAGCGGGCAGAUAAACAGAUAGGAGGACAGAGGGAGAAGUACAGCCUCUCGUUGAGUGGUGGCUGGAGUGACAGAAGAGCACAUGAAGAGGGGAAACGGCGUGACAGCAACAUCCUGACCGGUAACCUCGCUUCCGCACCCCACCACGCGCCCAGCAAACUCCAAGCAAGCGGGGCGUCAGAAGGAAGGAAACGCGCGACCACUCCUCCUGCAGGCAUGAGGUCCUUCCGUUCCUUUAGUAACGAUGACCGCCAUGUCAUGGCUAAACACUCCACCAUCUACCCUUCCUCUCAAGAGCUAGAGGCAGUUCAGACGCUGGUGUCCACUGUCGAGUGCGCCCUCAAACACGUGUCUGAUUGGCUGGAUCAGAGCAGCAGCGACGUCCACAGCCAGGUCAACAGCCAACCAGCAGACAGCACAGAGGAGGAUGACCCUGGCGAUGAGCCCGGCGAUGAAACUGAGGAAUCCAAUGACAGCUACAGGGAGUCCAGCGGUGGUGGCGUGCUGUGUGGAGUGAUGAGGAUCGGCCUGGUUGCCAAAGGCCUCCUGAUCAAAGGCGACAUGGACCUAGAGCUGGUGCUGAUGUGCAGAGACAAACCUACACAGACACUGCUGGACACUGUCUGUCACAAUUUACCCACACAGAUAGAGAAGCUGACAGAGGAGAAAUAUGAGGUCGCAAGCUCCUUACCCGAGGCAGCCAUCUUGGUACAAACUACAACAGAGCCCAAACUCACACUGAAGAUUACCCUCACCUCACCGGCCAUGAGGGAAGACGAGGAGGAAGAGGAGGAGGAGGAGGAGGAGCAGGAAGAGGAGGAAGGGGAGAUGGAGAAUGGAGAGGAAGGAGAGCAGGAGGAUGAAGAGGAGGAGGAGGAAGUGCGGGAGGAAGAGGAGGAGCAGGAGAAGAACGGGCGAGUGUUGGGUGCUGCUGCGCACAGAGUGGAGGCUGAGGAGGAGGAGGAGGAGGAGGAGGAGGAGGGGGAGGUGCUGGAUAGACACAGAUGUCUGUUGGCCCUGGCAGCGCUGCGACACGCCAAGUGGUUCCAGGCUCGAGUGAACGGGCUCAAGUCCUGCGUUAUUGUUCUCAGGAUACUUAGAGACAUGUGCAAUAGACACCCCGUCUGGGAGCCUCUCAAAGGAUGGCCCUUAGAGCUUAUCUGUGAGAAGGCAAUUGCCACUUGCAACAGACCUCUUGGGGCAGGAGAAGCCCUGCGUCGAGUCAUGGAGUGUCUGGCCUCAGGCAUACUGCUACCAGGUGGUCCAGGUUUACACGACCCAUGUGAGAAAGAGCCAACAAACACACUAGCCAACAUGACCGACCAGCAGGCUGAGGACAUUACCUACAGCGCACAGCAUGCUCUCAGACUCAUGGCAUUCGGGCAGAUCUACAAGGUGUUGGAGAUGGAACCUCUCCCCUCAAAUAAACCAUCACAGAAAUACCCUUGGUCCGAUAAAGAAGGUUUAGGUCUGAAGAGGCCAUACGAGGAUGGAGCAAUGGAUGACAAGGACCUCAUUAAGAAGAUGAAGAGGAAUCUGAGGAAAGUCUUGGACAGUAAAGCCAUAGACUCCAACCAGCCAAUGAACGCUCUGAUGCGGCUGAACCAGAUCCGGCCAGGGCUGCAGUACCGCCUGCUGUCCCAGUCGGGCCCGGUUCACGCUCCGGUCUUCACCAUGUCUGUGGAUCUAGAUGGAUCCAUUUAUGAAGCAUCCGGAUCCUCCAAGAAGACCGCCAAGCUCCACGUCGCUGUCAAGGUUCUCCAGGCAAUGGGCUACCCGACGGGUUUCGACUCAGACCUGGACCCCAUGAGUUCAGAUGAGAAAUCGGAUGGCGAGGGGAAGAGCGAGACAUCCUCACACAUUAGCAAUAACCCAACACACUCCUCGGACAGUUCCAACACACUGGAGGUGCGAACUCAGGGUCCCAUACUGACAGCAAGUGGGAAGAAUCCCGUCAUGGAGCUAAACGAGAAGAGAAGAGGCCUCAAAUAUGAGCUUAUCUCUGAAAGUGGAGGCAGCCAUGACAAACGUUUUCUUAUGGAGGUGGAGGUGGAUGGGCAGAAGUUUCGUGGGGCAGGCCCCAACAAAAAGGUAGCAAAGGCCAGCGCUGCUCUGGCAGCUCUGGAAAAACUCUUCUCUGGUCCCAACGCAGCUGCAAACAAGAAAAAGAAGAUAUUGCCUCAGACUAAAGGAGCCCUGGCGGCGGCGGCAGCAGCCUCAGCAGUAGCAGCUCAGGUAGCCAGAGGGAGAGGAAGAGCAGCCCUUGCAAGAGGAGCCUUCGUCAGUGCAGCUGCACCUGGAUAUGUCACGCCAGGCUUCGGGACACCGUAUGGCUACAGCCCUGCUGCAGCAGCUGCUCCUGCAUACGGUUUGCCCAAGAGAAUGCUUCUGUUGCCUGUCAUGAAAGUGCCCGCCUACCCCGUCCCCCACUACCACUUCUUUUAGCACAGGAGACAUACAUACCAAACGCACCUUUUUCUAGAAGGGAAACUCAGUCUGUUUUGUUUUUUUUUUCUACAAUAUCAUGGGGAGAGGAUUAAGGACUUGAGCUGAAGAUUUGUAAAAGCGCUUUUUUGCCUUUUUUUUUUUUGUUUAAUUUUCAUACUGUUUCCAAAAACUUUUAUGAAUAUGAAAAAAAUAAUUGCAGGUUUAAGUUCUUAAGAGAUAAACAAAAACUUGAAGGAUUUGUACUGUGAAUUGUUACCUCAUUCUUUGAGUCUAAAUUAUAUAUAUAUCAACCUUUUAUUAUUGUGCUUAUGCUUUGCUUUAAGGAGGAUAGCCUUUGCAAUAUAAUACACACAACACACACAUUGUUUGUGAAAAUAAUAAUGUGAGCUGUGUGAAGGAUGUAUAGGAUUAAAUAAAUAAUGUUGAAAAAUGAAUAAAGUUUAUCUCCUA